CGUAUCUUUACCCAUAAUGCACUAACACAUAUGUCAGCUCUCAGUGAAGCAACGUUGGAUGUAGCAGGCCACCUAAUGGAUAAUUGAAAUAUCUCCAUACAAGCAUAAACGCAAGAUGAAUACCAGUGUUAAAGUAGUAUUGUCCUCCUUGCUUUCUCGAAGACUUUGUACACGCCCUUUGCAUCGUGUUCGACAAAUUCAAAAGUCCUUUCUUGGGACAUCAUCUGAAGAUGGUUCAGACCCAACAAAUGAAGUCGCAAGGCCACCAGUACAUAGACCUUCCUUUGCUGAUAGUUUGAGGAAAGCAAGAGAGGAUGCUGCUUCUAAAAAAGAACAUUCAGCACAGGGUUCUUCGUCAUCCGAGAGCUCAAGUUCUAGUGACUCAUCCGAAGAGGAUGAUUCACUCCUUGGUAAAAGGGAACCUGCUGACCUCUUUGGUAAAUCUGCAAAAAGCAGGAUUACAAGUCAAGACAUGUUCAUGACCGAACAGUCAGAUCCAUCAGAGCAUGCUAUGGAUUAUGAAGGAAUAUAUUACAUAGUCAGCCAGGAGGACCAAACGCGGUUUUUCCCCAGUUUUAUUGAUUCACAUUACAGAAUACAGGCCCGUACAUUUGGAGGCCUAUAUCUGAUGAUUCGGAAACCAGCCUUGGAAAUAAUUGACAUUAUUAAAAAAAGCAGCUAUAACUGUCCUUUACCAAAGUUUAUUGUCUAUGGAAAGAGAGGUGGUGGAAAGACAUCCACAAUUAGUCAUGUGAUGCAUUAUUGUGGCAAACAAAAUCACAUGCUGCUUAAUAUACCAUUGGUGAACGACUGGAUACGUGCCCGCACUAACACAACUCCCUCCACCUCAAAAGCUGGCUUCACCAAUAUACCAGAACAAGCUCAAAAAUGGAUCUCCCAUUUUGCUGCUCUCAAUGCUCCAUUGAUAAAGGACAUGAAGGUGACAAAGAGCAUUGAAUGGACAAAAAAAGAAGUAACAGAAGCAGGAAGCCCUCUCCAGUCCUUAAUAGACUUUGGUUUGCUCCGUCAGAAAUACGCUGAUGAUGUGGUGGACAUGUUGCUGGAUGAAGUGAUGACCUGUGCUACAGAAAACAAGUUCAAAGUUCUUCUUGUUAUUGACGGCUUGAAUGGAUUCUACCAACCCACUAAUAUGAGAGAGCCGCUGCAACCCCAGAGAUUUAUCCAUGCUGAGAAGCUUUGCCUGGUGGACAGUUUCAAAAGAAUUCUUAAUUCUGGCAAUAAAAAUGUUGUGGCUGUUUGCACUGUAAAUGAAGAACUCAGGAAGUUGAAUGAGAGAGUCAAGUUUACACCAUUUUAUCUACUUGGAAAAGAAGCUUCACAGGAGCUAGAACCGUUUGUCCCAAUUCAAGUUGAAAAUUUCUCUGACAUGGAAGUAAAGAACUGUUUAGAUUUUUAUUCACAAAGAAAAUGGAUUCAGAAUUCAGCAGCAUUAACAGAUGAAGGACGAAAACAGAUCAAGUUCCUGACCAGUAACAACCCAUAUGCUGUUUGGAAAGUAGCUGGAGCAUACUGAAGCAUGGACCUAUCAGAACAGAACUAAAGACAAUUUUUCAAUAUUCACUGUUUUCAAAUGAAAACAUGAAUGUAUGCGAUGAAAACAGACUUGGAAGAAAGCAGAAGUGAUUCAUACAUUUGAACUAGUUUACUCUCAACAGAAGAGAAAGUGUAUGAAUUUAGUACCUGUUUUUUGUUUGUUUUUACUUUGUGGUUGGAGUAAUAAAUAUAUCAUAAUUAAAAAA